AUGUCAAGUCCAAAAUUUGAUUCAUAUGAUUGGGAAAAUGAUCCAAAUUGGAAAGAAUUUACAGGUACAUCAACUUCAAUUAAUAAAUUAAAAGAAGAAUAUUUUAAAAAGAAUAUUGAUCCAAAUUAUAAAAGUAGUAAUAAUACAACCACACAAAGACCAUCAACUUCAUCAUCAUCAAGAACAUCAUCAUCAUCAACUUCAUCACCAAGAGCAACAAGAGCAAAACCAACAUUUAGAAGAUUUUUAUAUGGUGCAUGGGUGAUUGCACAAAUAUCAGUUAUACUCUUUACAUUAUUUUAUUUUAUUAGCGGUAAUCCAUAUUUCUUUUACAAAGCAUUAUUAGGUGCAACCAUUGCCUAUUCAAUACCAAUUUUCAAUACAUUUGAAGGACGUAAACCUGAUAGAGCAUUGGCAGCCCAAUUGGUGCAAGAUGAGAAUGCUCAAUUCGUAUUCUAUUGUAUGAUUUUCUACUUUUUUGGUAGUUCAUCAUUGGUUUAUCUUUUACCAAAUUUCAUUUACUCCUUCUUUCAUAUGUUGAAAAUUGUGAUUCCCUAUACAUCAAGUGUACCAUUCAUAAAGAAUCUUUUAGAGAAAGUUAAUUCUACCAAUGCCAAAGCCAUUGAUUUCGCAAUUAGUGUCGAGAUUAACAUUGUUUUAAUCGCUUUCUUUGGUAUUUUCUCCUCAUUUUCAAAUAUUUUAUUGGUUUUCAUUUAUUUCCGUUACCUUAAAUUACGUUAUCAAUUCUCUCAAAAAAUUAAAUCAAAGAUUAAUGAAUACAGUCAAAUGGUUGAUCAAUUAUCUGCUCAUCCAAGUUGUCCUACCUUUAUUAGAAAUAUUAUCCCAAAAAUUAAAAUGGUCUUAUCUCGUUAA